CAAGAAUAUUGUUUAUUAGCUACUGAGAUACCAAACCCAGUGCUAAAGCAAGUGAUUGGAAGCCUUGGAAGUUGCUGAAUACUUGCCAAGUUGGCUUUACUGAGAGGUUACGAACGGAUUCAAGGAUAAAGAAUAUAAUCAUCAUAACAAAUCAUGGCAUCAGAAAGUGAAAACCUUGACCUUUCAGUACCUGUGGCAUCAGAAAGGGAAAUAUUUGGCCUUUCAGGACCUUUGCACUUGACAACAGUUGACUGGACAAAUCCCAAUCACCGAAGGUCUGUUGCAGCUAGUUUGGUCCAGGGUGUAUACAUAUUGGAACGAGAUCGCCAGGAAAAACGAGAAGGGAACCGACCUCUUGCUCCUCCUUGGUGGGAAGCGUUCCAUUUUCAGUUGUACAGGUUGCUUAUCGAUGAUGCUGAUUCCUGUGUGUUUGGUGCUAUGUACCAACUCACCUCUGUGCCGUCAGACAGCAACCAUUCAGCCGAUCAAGCCCCACGCUAUGUCAUUGCUUUUCGAGGCACCAUAACCAAAGGAGAUGCAUUUUCACGAGACGUUGAAAUGGACAUCCACAUCAUAAAAAAUGGGCUUCACCAGACGUCUCGUUUUGAAACUGCGAUACAAGCUGUGAGACAUGUAGUUGCAACAUUUGGUAGUUCCAAUGUCUGGUUAGCGGGUCAUUCCCUCGGGGCCGCCAUGGCAAUGCUUGCAGGCAAGAAUAUGGCAAAGACUGGUGUAUUUCUUGAGGCCUUCUUGUUUAAUCCACCGUUUUUUUCUGCCCCAAUCGAGAGAAUAAAGGAUAAGAAAGUAAAGCAUGGCAUUCGAUUUGCCGGCAGCGUGAUAACUGCUGGGCUUGCCCUCGCGAUGAAGCAAAACCAUCAAGCAAACCGGUCAGGAGGUGCUUUUGUUGCCUUGUCUGCAUGGUUGCCGUGUCUAUUUGUGAAUCGAGCUGACCACAUCUGCUCAGAGUAUAUUGGGUACUUUGAACACAGAAAACGGAUGGAGGAGAUCGGAGCAGGAGCUGUGGAGAGGCUGGCCACCCAACACUCAAUUGGAGGUCUUCUGUUGAAUGCAAUGGGCAAGCCUUCAGAAGAGCCACUGCAUCUAAUUCCAUCAGCAAGCCUAACAGUGAACCUCACACCGGUACGAGACUUCAAAGAAGCUCAUGGUAUCCAUCAGUGGUGGAGACCUGAUCUGCUCUUGGAAUCCAACAUUUAUAACUAUAGGGGAUAGAUUUCUUUCAUUUCUAAAUUUUUUGAUUGACUUCUUCCUGUUUGGUUUGUUGGGGAAUGAACUGCUUAAGGGAGCAUAAAGAUUGACCAUCAAUGCAUGUCUGAGCAUUUUCUA